AUGGUGCUUUACAAUAAUGCAGGAUGCAGACUAACUAAUGGUGAAGAGAUAAUUCAGGAGUUUGUUUCUUUUUAUAAGAAUCUCAUGGGUUCAUUUACAAAAACAUCUAGGCCUGAUGCUGAUAUUAUUUCCAAUGGUCCAUGUCUUGAUGAGGCUCAAGCUAGUUCCUUAUCUUCUCAAGUGUCCAAAGAGGAAAUUAAAAGUGCAGUCUUCUCCAUGGGUGAUGAUAAAGCUCCUGGGCCUGAUGGGUAUAAUAUGGCAUUUUAUAAAUCUGCCUGGCAUAUCAUUAGGGAUGAGGUAACAAAAGCCAUAAAUGCCAAUAGGAUUAAACCUGUUAUGGGGAUUUUGAUCAACGAGGCUCAAAGUGCUUUUGUGAGAGGCCUUGGUUUUCCAGUCAAGAUGGUUAAUUGGAUUAUGGCCUGCAUUACUACCCCCAAGUAUUCCAUUUCUUUAAAUGGCACCCUUCAUGGUUACUUCAAAGGUGAGAGGGGUUUAAGACAAGGUGACCCCCUCUCACCAUACUUGUUCAAUUUGGGCAUGGAGUAUCUCUCAAGGCAGUUGGAUUUACUUAAGGAUAAUAGGUCUUUCAAAUUCCAUCCUAGAUGUGGAAAUCUCAAAAUCACUCAUUUAAUCUUUGCGGAUGACCUUCUCCUCUUUUCUAAAGGUGAUCUUCACUCAGUCAAUCUGCUUUACAAGUGCUUUAAACAUUUUAGUGUUGUAUCAAGUCUUGAGGCAAAUCCUGGAAAAUGCAAAGUUUUUUAUGGAGUCAUUGAUGAUAAUCUAAAAGGCCUUGUUUCAAACCUUCUAAACUUCUCUAAAGGAGUUUUACCCAUCACAUAUCUGGGUGUUCCUCUGGUCUGUAAACGUUUAUCUUACAUGGAUUGCUCUACUCUCUUCAGCAAGAUAGUAGUGAGAGUGCUUCAGAAAAUUGAUGAACUAUGCAGGAAUUUUCUUUGGGGCAAUUCUGAACAAGCUCACAAAACUCCUCUUAUUUCAUGGGAUCAAAUUUGCUUGAAUAAGAAAUCUGGAGGCCUAGGCAUCUAUUCUGCAUCUAGAUGGAGUAUGGCUGCAACACUGAGGUUACUCUGGAAUAUACAUGUAAGCAAAGAAAGCCUAUGGAUCAAGUGGAUACAUGGUACAUAUUUAAAAAACUGUGAUGUCUGGCAUGUUCAAGCAAAAAAUAGUGAUUCGUGGAUGUGGAGACAGAUCUUGAAGGUCAGGGAUAAGGCCCAGGCACAUUUUGGAAGUGUUGAUAAUCUGAAGUUGAUCAUUCAGUCUUGUUGCAGGAAAUCAAAAAUACAACUGUCUGAUCUAUAUGAUGCUAUCUCCCCUGUAUCUAAUUUGGUGCCCUGGUUUGGCAUAGUUUGGGAGUCCUCAAAUUACCCCAGGCACUCAUUUAUCAGUUGGCUAGCAAUUCAGAACUGUUUGUUCACUCAAGACAGAUUGAUUAGGAGGGGUAUUAUUAAUAUAAAUUGCUGCAGGUUUUGCUCUGGUUCUGAGAGCAGAGAUCAUCUUUUUUUCGAAUGUUGCUACUCUAGUGAUAUCUGGGUAAAGGUUAUGAACUGGCUGCAGUUUAGGUGGCGAUCGUGCAAGUGGGAUUACGUUUUGAACUGGUUUUGUUCCAGGUUGAGGGGGAGAGGCUUUAAGCAAAAACUAAAGAAAUUGGCUCUUACCUCAACUAUUUAUAGCAUAUGGAAUGAGAGGAAUACCAGGGUUUUUCGGCAUGAAUUGAAGUCAGCUGAUCAACUGUUCAAAGAGAUCAAAUUCAACAUUUUUGCUAUUAUUCUUAAUGGUCCUUUUGCUGUUGAAAAUAGAGAAUGGAUAUGUGCUUUGUAG